CUCAAGGGACAGCUAAGUGACAACUGUCACGGCACAUGCGUUGUACAACUGGUAUUGGAAGAAAAAUUUACUGCUCAUUUCCGUUCUUCUUAACAGCCUUGUUUACAGAUUUCUGAUCCAAGUUAGUUGACACCGGAGAAGAACUCAGUGAGAAUCUCUCGUGUGCGUUCAAUCUAUUAAAUAGCGCGUAACCAAAUGCCGGGAAGUCGGUAGAUGUUCUUAAUUUAUCUACCCAGUUCAACAAGACCGCACUUCAAUCGAAUCUCCUCAGCUCACCUGGUUCAACAGGACCGCGACAUUUAUAGACCUUAUAUGAUUCUCGUCAGCUUAUCAGAGGUUUUUCAGUUCAGGUUGGUUCCUCAUCAAAGCAGUCAAUCCUCGAUGUGUCGGAUCGCUUAUGCGGCCGACAGAAGUGGGAGCCCUCUUCACAUGGAGUAAAAGCCGUUGCCAGUUGUUGUAUUACAGUGGAUUCUUACGGUUGCCUUCACCACUGUGGCUUCUUGUUGUCUUAAUGCUACUUUUCAGUGCUGCAACAUCGGGUGUGGGCGAAGAGAUAGACAUUAAGUCUGUCAAUUGUUGCGGAAUGCGACUAAACAAUUCUAAAUGCUGGACUAAUCUGGCGUGUGUUUGUGAAGACUGUGGGAACGGAACUCAAGACGAUGCAGGAGUUACCCACAGCUCGUACCGCUUGGAAUUUUGUUCAUCCUUUCCGAUAAAUGAAGUUUUGAAUGGUGCAUUACAGCGGAACAGAACUUUUUGUCAACAACAAUUAAACGUGCUACAAGGGGUGGACAAUACGGCUUAUCAUAGUUACACAAGUUUCGAGGGAAUUAUACAGCGGACUGAUUGCGGAGAAACAAGGGAGGCAAACACUUACUCUGCAACUUCAACUUGCCUCGACUGUCUGGAAGCCUAUAAAAACUGGAUAUGCUUUACCAUGUUAUCAGCAGCAACAAAGAGCAAGAAGAGAACUUGUGUAGAUCUUUGUCUGACUGUGUUGCAGAGAUGUCCACAUUUUCUGCCAGUUCCAAAUGAUGAAGGAAACUUAGUACAAGUAGGAUAUUCAGCUUUUAAUUGUCUUGACACAGAAUGGAAACAGGAGUAUAGGUACUCAGAUGAUUGCUUACAUGUUGAUCCAAUGGUGAAAUGUAAACAGAACAAUUAUACGUCAACAGUGCAACCAACAUUACCCACAACAAACUUGCCAACCGGUAAUUCAACAACAAAUUCUACAAGCAAUGGGCACAGAUAGUAUUGACAUAACUAUUUCCCUGUACAGGAUUGUUUUUUUUUUUUGUGAUGGAAUUUUGGAAUGUUCAUCUCUAGUAUCUAACAAUUUCAGUUAGUUCUUUAUAUACUCUGGAAUGUUGAUUCAGUAGGUAACCAAACAUUUCCGUAGUUCCACAACUUUAUAAAUGAAAGAUUUAUGUUAUUGAUGUCCAAAGAGAAAUUUAUUUCAAGGAUUUACAUUGGGGCAUUGAUAACCAUUAUUUUUGACGCAUAUUUUGACCAUGAUAUUAUUUAGCAGUAUUUAAACUCAUUUUGUAACUCAACUGUUUUGCUUAAUAGUGGCUGGCCAUAAAAAAUGUACAAAAAGCAGAGCAGUUUUGCCGUCAAAAUAAUAAGUUCUCACUUUGAAACUUACAAAAAUAUGUUACUUUGAGGUUAUUAUCAUAGGUGAAAAUUGGAAUAAUAUUGCAAAUAUAUUGUGUUAUUUUUAAAUUUGAGAAAAAACGGUGAUUUAUGCUAUUGAAAAUUUCAAAACACAGCAUUGUAUAUUACAAAAAGUUCCACACUAGCAUAGUUGUGAAUUGACUAAAGGUGUACUGUAAAAUGGCUGGGGACCCAGGAAAGACUAAUCACAGAAUAGCAAAGUGGCCAACAGUCUCUUAAACUAAUCAACAGAUCAACAAAUUUAAACAAAGGAGAGCAUAAUUGUCAUGGUUUCUGGAUUUCUGAUCUUAAUUGGCAUUAAUUUUUUAUGUUUUUAUUUCUCCAUUAAAAAUUCUCGUUAGUUAUUGUUUUGAUUGAGACAAUGCUUUGGUAUGUUUCUAAACACCUUGAAGUGCAUCAAUCAGCUGUGCAUUAUGUUUUCAACUCUCUUUUUGGAGUUUGGAUAUCUCGCUGAAACACUGUCUGUUGUGUUUGAUAUAUUACUUCUCAGUGUUUUGAAAUAUGGUAAAACAGUCUCUAAUGUUGGUAUAGUAGUUUCAUUGAAUUAUUUAUUUUCACAGCUGCUUAAGUCAUAUGCAUAAUUGUGAGGAUCAUUCAUGUCUCUACCAGGAAUGCAUACAGUUUGUAUUGUUUUCAUCAUCAUUUAACUUGUCUUGAUUAAUCCAACGAACAAAGAAUCAAUUUCUUUUGCCUGUUUCUAUUCCUGCCUUUACCCAGAAACUGAAAACAUUUCAUUGGAAACCUUUUAUUUUAUCUAACAAUGUUCAAAAUCAUAUUAUAAUAUAUACCAUUGUAUUUAAUUACAUGAUCAGCUCAAUUCAGUGUUUGAGAGAGCUAGCUAUCUUGAACAGAUUUCCCUCAAAUUUCCACCUACAAUAGCAAAAAUGCAAAUCAGUUGGCAAAUCAGGUAAAUAAAUAAUCUGUUAUCUGACUGUUGGUACUUGUGCAGGAGUAUGAGAAUGUAAGAACAGAACAGGUUUACAGAAAAUAGUAUUUUGGUUUAGAUUUUAAAAUUCUUAUGUUAGUGAUAGAUGCAAACCAUUAAUACUUACAAUCACCUUAAACUGGAGUGGUUUAGAAAACUGCUAGCAUGAAUAAACAGACACCUCUCUGGCACAUGUGCUCAAUUCUUCCACCUCUCAAGGGGUGUCUGAAAUUUUAUCCAAGAAAAAAAAAAUUCCACACUGUAGAUGCACCUUGACAGAGAUUUGCAAAGUGUAAUGAUAUGGUUGUUCCUUGGACAUCAAAAAACUUAAAAGUCAACAACAACAGCAACAAGCAAUUGUCACUAAACAGAUCUCCGAAGAGCUUCAUCAUAAGUAUGUCAAAUAUGCCAGCCAGAUCUUACUCUUCUCUCCAUCAAGAGAGAAGAAAGGCUCUGCUUAGAUUGCAAUGUUUCUCAAGUUGAAAG